UUAAUGGGGGACAAACAAACAAAAUUAUAGGGAAAUUACUUUGGAUAAUUAAUUUGUGUGAGUCUCUCUGACUGUGACACUUGUCAGCCAGAGAGGGGGGUGAGAUGAAAUUGAUUCUUGGAAUGCCAUAUGUAAAAUUGUUUUGGAUAACGAUUUUCUUUUUAAUAGUACAUAGACUAUAGUUUAAAUAAAUAAAUACACUUCAACCAUGGUAAAGUUAUGGCUUAAUUGCACUUUUGGUCCCCCAACUAUCGCCUUCCUGCAAAAUUGGUCCUUAAACUUCAAAAUUAGCAAAAAUGGUCUUCCAACUAUACAUGUCGUUGCAAUUUUGGUCUUCCGUUAGCAUUCCGUCAGGAAACUAACGUGAGAAGCUGAUGUGGCUGACUCACAUGCUUCUCACGUGACCAUUCAGGAGAGAGAGUGAUGACUGGACAAACAUGUGCGUGUCACGUGACACUAUGAAGCCCCAACGGUCAUCUCCUCCAUCAUUGUCUUCUUCACCUGAGCCCUUAGGAAAGGGGUUUUCAUUACUUGCAUGUCCUUCUGAAAUCACUACCUGGAAAUCGAAGAAGAAGGAUAUGCGAGCACCUCCAAGGGAAAGGUGGAAGGAAAUGGUUGGUGGGUCUCAAAGUUGUGGCUCGUAUUCUGGUUCACAGAGGAGGAAGGAGGGUCCGUUGUGCGAUUGUGGUUUUGAGGCUCCUGCUGUUACAUCCUGGACUGGUGAGAACCCUGGGCGAAAAUUUUAUGGUUGUGGACUGUUCAAGAUUCAUGGCAAGAGAGUAUGCAGGUUCUUUGUAUGGUAUGAUGAAUAUCAUGGACUAGGAAAAUAUGACAAGUCUGAUGAAGAAAAUGCAAGGGAGAAGAAAAUUAUUGGUUCACUGUUGAGGAAGAUUGAUGCUAUGAAGAAGAAGGAAAGGCUUUUGGAGAUUUCAUUGGGGACUUGUAUUGUUUUGAUCAUGGCUUUGAUCAUUCUGUUGGUUUUUGCUGUUGUAUUCAAAUAGGGGAAAUUAGGUCCACUGUAAU